AUGCAGGCGUUGACUGCGAUUGCCAGGCGACUUGUUCCGAUUCGGAGUGCGCAGGUCUGCAUCGCAUUUGGUGAUUGGAGCUGCCAGGACGGUCUCCGUGGAAAUCCUAGAGCUCCAGUACAGGCACUCAAGAAAGAACUGGAACGGCGAGCGACAGUUUUGCCCGUGGACAAGUUUCGCACCAGUAAGCUGUGCUCCGGCUGCCACAAGCGCCUCCUUUCAGCUCGGCUACUGACAAAGGUGAAAGACCGAGAGACCGAGAAGACCUCGAUCGUCUUGAAGAAAAACAGAAACGUCUUGUGCUGCAAGAACAGUCGAUGCAAGGCCCACUUCUGGAAUCGAGACGUUAAUGCAGCGAGAAAAAUUCUGGAGUUACUCCAGUGCAGGCUUUCAGGACUGGGGAGACUGGCAGCUUUCAAGCGGUGA